CUCUUUCUAAAACCCUCACACACCACAAAAGUAUGAACACCAGCGGUACGGCAAACGAUGUUGCCCGUGCUAUAUCCGCCGCCCUUGGCUGGAACUCUUCUUCCGACGAUCGCAAAUCAGCACUUUCUUACUUAGAAUCUGUAAAAGCUGGGGAUGUACGUAUUUUGGCAAGUACAUCAUUUCUUUUAGUAAAAAAGGAUUGGUCCGCUGAAGUUCGUUUGCAUGCCUUUAAAUUGCUACAGCAUCUAGUACGGCUACGGUGGGAUGAACUAACCCCUGAAGAAAGAAGAGAGUUUGCAAAGGUUUCUGUUGAUUUAAUGAAUGAAGUUGCAAACGGUGUUGAAGAGUGGGCGCUAAAAAGUCAAACGGCCGCUUUAAUUGCCGAGAUAGUCAGGAGAGAAGGUGUCGGUUUAUGGCAAGAACUUCUACCAUCACUAGUAUCUCUUUCCAGCUCUGGUCCUGUACAUGCUGAGAUGGUGUGUAUGAUGCUGCGGUGGCUUCCUGAAGAUGUUACAGUUCAUAAUGAAGACUUGGAAGGCGAACGCCGUAGACUGUUGUUGCGUGGGCUGACUGAAUCUCUACCGGAAAUUUUGCCGUUAUUGUAUACACUGUUAGAGAAGCACUUUGGAGCUGCCAUGACUGAAGCAGGUAGGCAACAACUCGACAUUGCCAAGCAGCAUGCAGCCACGGUGACAGCUACUCUUAAUGCUAUAAAUGCAUAUGCUGAAUGGGCCCCUUUGCCCUAUCUUUCAAAAUGUGGCACCAUUCACGGUUGUGGCUUCUUGCUCUCUUCCCCUGAUUUCCGGCUUCAUGCAUGUGAGUUUUUCAAGCUUGUAUCUUCAAGGAAGAGACCUGCUGAUGCAGAUUCUGAUUAUGAUUCUGCAAUGAGCAGUGUCCUUGUGAUACUGAUGAAUGUGUCUACAGACUUUUUAAACAUAUCAGAGUCAGGUUCUGGCAUCAUUAAUGACAGAGAUGUUGAGUUUGCAGAAUGUAUCUGUGAAAGUUUGGUCUCUUUGGGGUCUACAAACUUGCAAUGCAUCACCAUUGAUAAUGUAACACUAUCUACCUAUUUACAAAAGAUGAUGCAGUAUUUCAGACAUUUUAAGCUCGAGCUUCACCAUCAAUCUCUUAUAUUUUGGCUGGCAUUUAUAAGAGACUUGCUCACAAAGCCAAAGAUUCCAGUUGGAGAUGUUUCAGCUGAAAAUGUGGCCUCUGCUCCAGGGCAGGUUGAUAAUCAAAAGCAAAAGAUAUUACAUUUCGUGAGUGAUGAGAUCUGUAGUGUCAUGUUGGAGAUAUCUUUUCAGAGAUUGCUUAAGAAAGAAAAAAUCAACCCUGGAAAUGAACAUUCUGCUGGGGGUUUAGAAUUAUGGAGUGAUGAUUUUGAGAGCAGGGGAAAUUUUGGCCAGUAUCGUUCAAGACUGAUGGAACUGAUCCGACUGGUUGCAUCUUUCAAACCUCUUAUAGCCGUUACCAAGGUUUCUGACAGAGUUAUUAUGAUCAUUAAGAGCCUUCUACUUGCUCCGCUGCCUUCUCAGAACUUGGCUACCCUAGAAAGCAUGCAACUUGCAAUGGAGAAUGUUUUAGCUGCUGUUUUUGAUGGUUCAAUUGAUGAUAAUGGGAGUGGCUCUGAUGUGCAACUAGCUUCAUGCAGAGUACUAGAAGGUCUACUUCAGCAACUUCUUAUGUUAAAAUGGACGGAACCUGAAUUAGUUGAAAUACUCGGGCACUAUUUAGAGGCACUGGGUCCCUUCUUGAAGUAUUACCCUGAUGCUGUUGGAAGUGUCAUCAAUAAACUAUUUGAGCUCUUAAACUCAUUGCCUAUAGCUGUGAAGGAUCCUUCAACCAGUGGAGCUAGGUAUGCAAGAUUACAUAUAUGCACAGCCUUUGUACGAUUGGCCAAAACUGCCAACACCCGUCUGUUACCGCAUAUGAAGAGCAUAGCAGAAACAGUUGCAUAUUUGCAAAAGGAAGGCCAGUUGCUUCGUGGCGAACAUAAUCUUUUUGGUGAAGCAUUUCUUAUUAUUGCAUCUGCAGCUGGUCCUCAACAACAGCAAGAAGUUAUGACCUGGUUGCUCGAGCCUUUGAGCCAUCAGUGGACACAACUUGAGUGGCAAAGCGCAUAUCUAUCCGACCCAGCUGGUGUCAUUAAGUUGUGUGGCGAGACACAGUUUAUGUGGUCAUUGUUCCACACUGUCACAUUUUUCGAGAAAGCACUCAAGAGAAGUGGUAUUAGCAAAUGUAAUGUGAAUAGUAAUACUACUGUUGCAUCUUCUACUCUCCAUCCGUUGGCUUCUCAUCUGCCUUGGAUGCUACCACCCCUGCUCAAAUUACUUCGUGCUAUACAUUCUCUUUGGUCUCCAUCUGUAACUCAAAUGUUACCCGGUGAAGUAAAAGCUGCCAUGAUUAUGGGUGAUGCUGAGCAAAUGAGUCUUUUGGGGGAAACUAAUCCUAAAAUGCUCAAGGGUGCAAUAACCUUUUCUGAAGGCUUGAAGGAUGGAAAUGUUGAACCAAAUGAAAUUGAUAUCAGAAACUGGUUAAAGGGUAUCCGAGACAGUGGGUAUAAUGUAUUGGGGUUAUCAACUACUGUUGGAGAAUCGUUUUUCAGAAGCAUAGAUAUCGAAGCUGUCGACUUGGCACUAAUGGAGAAUAUCAACUCAAUGGAGUUUAGGCAUAUAAGACAGCUUGUGCAUUCAAUUCUAAUACCAUUAGUGAAAAAUUGCCCAUCAGAACUGUGGGAUAUAUGGUUAAAAAGGCUCCUAUAUCCAUUGCUUGUAUAUUCUCAUCAAGCUUUGAAAUGCUCAUGGUCAGGGCUUUUGGAGGAAGGGAGAGCCAAGGUCCCAGAUCUUCAUGGAAUUAUAGUUGGAACGGAUCUAAAAGUUGAAGUAAUGGAGGAAAAGCUACUUCGAGCUUUGACUCGUGAAAUUUGCACUCUUCUUUCGGUGUUAGGAUCACUGGGAAUGAAUGGUGGCCUCCACCAUGAGCAGACACCUAAAGAUUCUGAUGUCUUGUCGAGCUCUGUAGUUGGGUUUCUUUUAAAGAACAAGGAUAUAGCAGUUCCCCUUUUGCAUCUGUGUUUAGAUGCCUUUAGAUGGACGGAUGGUGAAUCCGCAGUUAAAGUAUUUUCCUUCUGUGGAACUGUGGUUCUCUUGGCUGUAUCAACCAACAAUUUUGAACUCCGACAAUUUGUUUGUAAAGAUUUGUUCACUGCAGUAAUCCAAGGUUUAGCACUCGAGUCAAAUGCAUUUGCCAGUGCUGAGCUAAUUAGUCUCUGUCGUGACAUAUUUAUAAACUUCUGUAAGGAAGAUCCGGCACCCAGACAAAUUUUGCUCUCUCUUCCUUGCAUCGGGCCUCAAGAUCUGCUUGCCUUUGAAGAAGCGUUGGGGAAGACUAGCAGCCCAAAGGAACAAAAACAGCUUAUGAAAAGCUUCUUGUUGGUAGGUACCGGUAACCAGUUGAAAGCCAUCGCUAUCCAGAAAAGUGUGAAUGUGAUCACAAAUGUUGUCGCGAGGCCACGAAGCUCACUACCUGCCACAGAUUCCAGAACUGAGGAUGGUGGUCCAAUUGGCUUGGCUGCUAUUAUGUAAGCUUACUUUGUCAGCUCAGUCGUUUGAUGUACAAAAUGAGCUUCAUUAAGUUUCUGGUACAAAAAAACAAACAGUUUUGGGGGAGAUCUACUUGGGUCCCUGAGGUAGGUUUAUUCCCUAUGUAUGUAACAACAAUACGUUUUAACCUACACCAUCGCCAAAAAUCAUGUUUUCCGGCUAAAUGAUUUUUUUUAUAUCUGGUUUAUUGAAAGGUAAAACUGUGUUGUAUCCAACUUGUUCCACUUGGAUAUAGCAAUUGUACAUUAUGUAAUACUUUAUCAUAUAUUAUGAUUAUGAUAUAUUCAACA